AUGGAAAAAACGUACUUCAACGUGGUUGCAAUUGUCUUCAUCGGUGUUUUUUCAAGUACGUAUAUAUUUUGUUUUAUUUAUUUUAUUGAUAUUCACAUUAUUUACAAUAUUACAAAAACAUUUACAAUAGACAUUCACUAACAAACAAUACACUAAGUCUAAAUUAAUCGUUAAAUUAUUACAGUUCUAAAAGAAAUUAAGACAGAAUCCAUCAGAAAAUUCACUAAUAUUAAUUUUCAGUCGACAAAAACCUUGUACCAGAAUAAUUUAAAAAAUAUUGCAUUAUUUUUUUACAUUUUUCAAGGGCUAAAGAUGUAGUUAGUUGUCCGUAAUAACACCAAAGAAUAUUUCUUAUGAGAGCCCGAGAAAAUAAAUGUCAAAUUUCACAAAAUGACGUCUUACACACGAAAUUAUCCGAAUUUUACCUGUGUCUUCACAAUUUCCCAUGAGAAAUAGUUAAGGCGUUUCAUAUUGGGAGUAAGUAUAUAUUGAUUAUAGUAGAUUAUAGCUGUUUCAAUGCUCAACAGGCUCUUCCCAUUUAGGCGAGUUUUCGCAAGAACGUACAAUAGCCAUUGAGGUUUGCGUUAAUCACUUAACAUGCUUUUUGUUUGUAUAGGUAUAUAUUCACAAGACAUUUGCCCCAGUGGUCCAUUGAUGUUCGCUUCAGUAGGUGACAAUGUCACCUUAUGCUGGCAAAUAACAGCAAAAAUAAACGAGCUCGAGAAAUACCUAAGACUCUUCACAGUUUUGGCCUUAAUAAGACCAGGCCAGGUUCAGAUGCAAAAAGUGGCAUCGGCGAACCAGAAUGGAACUUUUGUCAGAACAUAUGAGAGCUAUCACCUCGGUCUGUACAAGGAUAGGGUUACUGUAGACGCUGAUUUACAAGCCGGGAAACUGUUUUUAAGAAUCACAAAUUACACCAACCAGAUGGAAAACGUGUACUGCGUGUUGUACGAGAUGACAAUUAUCAAUGACGUACGAUCUUGUUUCGCUAAUGCAGUUAUUCUCCGAACUAAAGGUAACUUACAAAAGGAAGCUCAGAUUAUUUGCUUUAUAGUUCAGAAAGGUGAUUUAAGUUAAAAUAUUUCAAAAAAUUACCGUUCCCCACCUUUCUUUAGUCCGUCGAGAGCGCGUAUAAAAAUAAAAAACGACAUUGACAGCCGUUUUGUGCGCCUGCGGUUCUAUGCGCCAUUUGGGAUAAGAAGUUUUCUUCCUUAUCCCUCAAACGGCUAUAACCUUGCUGUUACGUUUACGCGCGACCUUCCAUAUAUCGCCUCUGGUUUAUUUACGCGCGUAAAAAUUAUGCGAGAGUGGGAAUCCACCCUAACACACGUGAUGUAAACGCACCAAUGACAUUACGAGUCUUCAUAGCCAAUAACAUCACGGCUUAACUGACAGACGACCAAUAACAACGCGACUUAUUUGACCAAUCAGGUCAAUAACCAGAGUUUAAUACCAUCAACUGACGUGAUACAACUCACUUUGACUCUAUUCAGGACUACGUUCACCCGGACGAUCAUACUCAACCUACUUAUGAAACGUGAUAUAGACGGUGCGCCCAUACACCCUCCCUCCGCUGUCGAGUUGCCAUCAGUGAUCCGUUAUACGGGUAUUUAAAGUUAUCUUAAGCUACACGGAAAGGAAAAAAAACGAAGCAAGGAUUUGAGGUCACACCUGGGAACUGAACUCAGGACUUCUCGCUAGGCCUUUCCCGAUUGUGCUCGGCAACUUUUGAGCAACUUUUGGCGUUUAGAGCAACUUUUUGCGGUUCUAGCAACCUCGAGCAAAUUUUGCCUUUCUGAGCAACUUUUGAACAAAAUAUAGGUUUAGAGCACAUAUCAAGCACGAACAAGUCAACGAUUUCACGGAAAACUUCAACUUUUAAAAUUUUUUUAAUUUUUUUUUUCUUGGCCGAUGUUAGUAAUUAUUGUGAAGAACGUAAAAAUAAAGCUUUUAAUUAACGUUUAUAUAAAAAUAUCAAGAAAUUUAGGUGGCAACUUUUGAAAUUUAGGUAGCAACUUUCUGGAUUUUUGACCAAUUUUUUAGCACCUUUUUGGCAUUCCAGUGAGCAACUUUCCAGCAUUUUACGAGCACAAUCGGGAAAGGCCUACAUGUCGCACAGAAGGCCCCGCACUUACCAAUUGUGUUCAUCCUUUCUCCUUUUAAAAAUAAGAUAAUAUGUGGUAAAAAACACAUAUUAUUAUAUUAACACCAAUGAAAUACCAAGUGAGCUUUCGCGCGAAAACUUGAUAUCUUCACAUGUGAAAAUAACAUGUUAUCUUCACAUGUAAAAUUAUCACCGUUGCUAUGGCUUCUUAAUAAACCGCACCUUUCAGACCAAAAAACUAUUUAAGUAAAAUGGUGUGGUAUUUCAUUUGUGUUUAUAUAAUAAAUAGAACAUUACAUGGUCGCUUGGAGAUACCAAAUUUCUCUUCUCGUGUUGAAAAAAAUAUGCGCUCACUCGCGAAAUAUUUUUCAACACUCAAAGAGAAAUUUCGUAUCUCCGCGCGGCCAUGUAAUAUCCUCUAUUUAUUUAGAUAAAGUUGUUGAUUUAUUUUGCUCUUUAAUUGUUAGUUGCAGGUCCUGAUCUUCCCACAGGUAGUUAUGUGAAUAGCACGGCAAGUGCAAUGAAUUCAACAGAAACCCCGCAAUCAACUGAAGGUAAAUGAAUAAAAAAAUGAAUGAGUGAGCCAAAAUGCUGCGUACCUUACGUACUACUAAGAGAAAUUAAAAUACUUAUAUUUAACAUUGUUCAUUUUUUUGGUAUUUUUUAUUUUCCCCGUGCUGUCAUUUUGAACAACCGCAACUAAUGUUCAGCGUUCCUUGUAUGCAACAUGAAUGAUAGCAACCGAAAAACGCCAUGAUCAUCCAAAAUCACUAGAGUAAUGGAGAUUUUCAUGGAAGUAAUUUUCAUCUCAGUUUUUCGUCCACUAAAUGCUAGAAUGCUUAAAUGCAAAAUAACAAAUCGGAAUUUUUACCUUUUCUGGCGAUUCGUCACUUCAGAAACUAGAGGAAAGCUGAGCCAAGUCAGCUUUCGCAAAGACUUCUGGGAGUUUUACUAAUUGGCCAAUAGCUGACCGGUGCGUACCCAGGUAACAAUCCCGGAAACCAUUGCGGACGUUCCCUUCUCGUUUCUAUGUUAAAUGCUGAAAAAAUUAAAGGUCAAAUUGUUAUAAUAUUUUGAUUUGUAUUAAAUUUUGUAGUUAUUUUCUCCAGUUUAGUACGUGAUUCCAUCUGUUAAUAACAAUUUUCUAAAGGAAUAUGUUACUAAAGAGGAGAGGGUCACAUCUUGGUUAACUAAUAUCCUGCCCUUACUACAAUUAUUGUUGUUAUGAUAAAGGAAAAGAAUAGUUAAUUCUAUCACGUAUGGAAGAAGAUUACAUAGAAAAACGUAGUAUAGAUGAAAUGUAUAUAGCAAAGCAGAAUUUGUUACAUACGAUUCAAAGUCAUCUUCUUCCACUUUUUUCCCCUUUCUUACUAGACAUUGUAGUUAAUUUUUUUUCCUCAACUCGCAGGGUUAUCGAAAGCGCGGCCAUCCAACUUGCUGACCGCUGACCUACAAUAAUAUUUUUGCUCUUUUCCUUUCUUUCAUAGGGGAAACGGAGAUCCGAACAGGAGAAGAUUACCGCACCGAACUCAUCAUCGUGAGCACUGUCCUGGGUGUAUUCUUGGUUGCUGUGGUCUGUUUUGUAGUCUGGAACAAGAGACGGGAGGUUGCGAGAGAGUCAUCGAUCCAACAGAAAAAGACCAUAGACUUCACGGCAGGACCAACAUCAAAUCCUCCCUUGAAAAAUAAUAACUUAGUAUAACUCUCUAUGAAUUUCAUUGCUGUAAAUUUUUAUCAUGGAGCAGACAGACACAGACUAUGGAGCAGACAAUCAAACAGACAGAGACUAAAAACUUUACGAUAGGAAAUGCUUAGCUUGUUUCCUUGAGAAAUUUUAACUUAAGAUAGCUGUGAAUCAAUUCGUUGUAAAAUUUUACAAUAGAGCUUGUACGUAUUAAUGGAUACAUAUUUAACUUAAUAUCUAUUUUGAAAAAAAAGGAAACUUACAUAAUUGUUUUUACGUGGGCCAUGUCAUUAAAUUAAACCUUACUUGUUUUCAC